CAGCCGGCCCACCCGAACCUGCCCACGGUGCAGCCCCACGCGGCCUCACAGAGCCUCUCACAGCCGCUCUCUGCCUACAACAGCAGCAGCCUCAGCCUCAACAGCUUAAGCAGCAGCAGAAGCAGCACUCCUGCCAAGACUCAGGGCCCUCCUCCGCACAUAUCUCACCAUCCCUCCGCCUCACCGUUCCCCCUCUCUUUACCCAGCCACAGCCCGCUGCAUACCUUCACACCCACCCUCCAGCCCCCCGCACACCCACAUCACCCCAAUAUGUUUGCCCCUCCUACGGCUUUGCCUCCGCCACCUCCAUUGACGUCAGGGACACUGCAGGUUCCAGGACACCCAGCUGGUAGUACUUACUCAGAACAAGAUCUUCUCCGUCAGGAACUAAACACGCGGUUUUUGGCCUCGCAGAGCGCAGAUCGCGGGGCCUCCCUGGGCCCGCCGCCGUACCUGAGGACCGAGUUCCACCAGCACCAGCAUCAGCACCAGCACACACACCAACACACACACCAGCACACCUUCACGCCUUUCCCUCACGCCAUCCCACCCACUGCCAUCAUGCCAACGCCAGCACCGCCCAUGUUUGACAAAUACCCUACAAAAGUUGACCCCUUCUACCGUCACAGUCUGUUUCACUCCUAUCCUCCAGCUGUAUCAGGUAUUCCUCCCAUGAUUCCUCCAACUGGCCCCUUUGGCUCGCUGCAAGGAGCAUUUCAACCCAAGACUUCCAAUCCUAUCGAUGUUGCGGCCAGACCUGGAACUGUCCCACAUACCCUUCUACAGAAAGAUCCACGGUUGACAGAUCCGUUCAGGCCCAUGUUGAGGAAACCUGGGAAGUGGUGCGCUAUGCAUGUUCACAUCGCCUGGCAGAUAUACCAUCACCAACAGAAAGUCAAGAAACAGAUGCAGUCUGAUCCGCACAAGCUGGACUUUGGCCUGAAGCCUGAAUUUCUGAGCAGGCCACCAGGCCCCAGCCUUUUUGGAGCCAUCCACCACCCCCAUGACCUGGCCCGGCCCUCGACUCUCUUCUCCACAGCCAGUGGGGGGCAUCCAGCCGGCACCCCUUUCGGCCCACCACCUCACCACAGCAACUUUCUCAACCCAGCUGCUCACUUAGAGCCUUUCAAUCGACCGGCUUCCUUCAGCGGCCUCACUGCAGUGGGUAGCAAUGCCUUCGGGGGACUCGGGAACCCGACAGUUACACCCAACUCAAUGUUCGGCCACAAGGAUGGCCCCAGUAUGCAGAGCUUUAGCAACCCUCACGAGCCCUGGAACCGACUGCACCGAACUCCUCCUUCGUUCCCGACCCCUCCGCCCUGGCUGAAGCCAGGAGAGCUGGAGCGCAGUUCAUCUGCUGCAGCUCAUGACAGAGAUAGAGAUGUAGAUAAACGAGACUCAUCUGUUAGUAAAGAUGACAAAGAAAGGGAGAGCAUUGAGAAAAGACACUCCAGCCAUCCUUCGCCAGCACCUAUCCAUCCAGUAAACUCCCUCGGACAUAAUCGCAGCUCAAGUGAGCAAAUCAGGAGCCAUCUGAAUCCCGAGGUUCGAGAAAAAGAGAAACCCAAAGAACGAGAGAGGGAUCACUCUGAAUCUCGGAAGGAAAUUAAUGUUGAAGAGCACAAGGUGAAGGACAACUAUAUUUCAGAGAAAGAAGGCCUGAGCCACGAAAGCCGAGUGGUGGAAGAGUCUAAGCAAAUGCCCAGGGUUCCUUCACCCUAUGCUAGGCCCCCCGUUGUGGAGAGCACCAGGCCUAAUAGUACUUCAAACCGUGAGGCCGAGAGGAAGAACGAGCCGGCGUACGAUAAUCCGAAGAAAAGCAAUGAAGUCAAAGUGAAGGAGGAGCGAAAGGAAGACCAUGAUGUUCAGCCUGAGGGACCUCAGACUCACAGGUCAUCUGAGCAGCCACCGCCUAUAUCUACAUCUAACGUCCAUCCAAGUCCUUUGGUGUCUAUGCCCAUGACUGUAGGCGUAACUGGUAUACAUCACAUGAACAGCAUCAGUGGCCUGGAUAGGACUCGCAUGAUGACCCCUUUUAUGGGAAUUAGCCCAAUUCCUGGUGGAGAACGCUUUCCCUAUCCUUCUUUCCACUGGGAUCCAAUGAGAGAUCCCUUAAGAGAUCCAUACAGAGAGCUAGAUAUUCAUCGCAGAGACCCCCUGGGCAGAGACUUUUUGCUAAGAAAUGACCCCCUUCAUCGUCUUUCUACACCAAGAUUAUAUGAAGCAGACAGGUCAUUCAGGGAUCGGGAACCUCAUGACUACAAUCAUCAUCACCAUCACCACCACCCGCUUUCUGUUGACCCUCGACGUGAGCACGAGAGGGGCAACCACCUGGAUGAUAGGGAGCGGUUGCACAUGCUCAGAGAGGACUAUGAACAUGCACGCCUGCACUCGGUUCACCCUGCCGCCUUGGAUGGGCACCUGCCUCACCCAAGCCUAAUCACGCCAGGACUCCCCAGCAUGCACUACCCCAGAGUCAGCCCCUCGACGGGACACCAAAACGGCAUCCUCAAUAAAACUCCCCCCACAGCAGCUCUCAGUGCCCCUCCACCUCUUAUUUCUACUCUGGGACCUCGGCCUGGGUCUCCCAGAAGGACUACUCCUCUGUCGACAGAGAUGAGAGAGAGGCCUCCUUCUCACACCCUCAAGGACAUCGAAGCUCGAUAAGCAGAGACUAAAUAAAAAACAGAGAAAGAGGGACAGGACGUUGUAAAUGAACAUAAUAUAAAGACCUUCUUACUAGUCAUUGAUACAGACUGGGGAUGCGACCCACUGUACAAUAUGUAUAGACCUGAGUGCAAAGAUUUUGAAAUUUUUUUUUUUGUAUAUUAUAUGUUGAAAUUUUCCAGAUCUUUUAGCCAAGUCCAUAUGUUCCUCGUGUCUCCUACUCUAUUUUAUUUCUAGUUUGAAAAUUUCAAAAUUUGAACUGAAGAACAAGACGUUAAUCUGAACGAUUUGACUAGAAACAAACCACCACCAGUGUCAACCAUGCAAAAGCUCUUUCAGAUCAGAAGUGAAGACAAUUGUAGAUAUUUAUGUAAAAAGAUUGCUUCAUGGGUUAAUGGUUCAUAUAUGCAAAAAGGGUAAGAUGAAAGCUUUACUUUGUACAAAUGUAAAUAGAUAAAAUUAAGUAACAUAAUACAUUAAUACUUCUUAAACUGUGCUAUUUGCAAACUUAAUAUUGAUCAACACAGUCUGCUUAUGCUGUGUUACAUAUAUUGUUAUAGACAGCUAAACCCCUUCAACUAUGCAAUGAAUUUUAAGGCUUUUCACAAAAGCCUUUAUAACUCAAAGGAGCCUUUUCAACACACAACAUAAUUAAAGUCAUAUUUUCCCUGAACAAGCUCGUCUAUGAUAGAAACCUAUUUCUUUUGCUUGUUUUGAUGAAGAAACAGCCCGUUAGAAGCGUAGUUUUCUGUCUGAACCCCUGCAUCGAGAUGCUGAUGUUACUGUAGCUCAUGUACUCUGUAGACUGCGUCAGGGUUAGCGAUCUGUAAUCACUGGUACUGUAGCCAUGGCAGACUGGUUUUCAGUCACAUUCAUCUGGGUUAAACAGAGUAAUAAUCAAAUACUGGAUAUUUUCCAGACGUUUUGUCACUUAACAUGUCAAAUUUAUUUUUGGAAGAACAUCUGCUUAUAGCCGUUAUGUCUGUUUUUAUUGCCAGUGUGUCAUUUUUAUCUGUACACACACUUUUUUUUUUUUGUGUGUUAAGUGAUUUUUAGCUACAUUGAAACAAAUCCCACAAGAAAGCUAAUACUUUUCUAAAUGAUGGAUAUGUUUUCACUGUGGAUCAGUAGUCUAAUUAAUGAACUCCGAUGCAAGAUUUCAUAAUGCAAUUUAUUGUAUUUCAGUUGGUAAUAAAGUCUGUGAAUAGUUAA